CUAACGAGUAUCUGUUCAAGUAUUUUGUAAUAUCUGACAGGUCUCUUUUCCACUAGUCUACUAUCAGGUCUUCACAUACCUUGUGAUUGUUAGAAUGCAAACCAAUACAAUGAGAAGCUGUUUUAUGUGUAAUAACACGAUUCGGAGCAAUAUAAAUGGCGCUAAGUGGACUUCAAAUAUAAAAAUCAGAAAUUCAACAUUUUUAUCAAAUCAAAAACAAUUUUUCUUGCCAGUUGUACUUCGACCAAAAUCGACACCUUAUUAUCCAUAUGGACAGUAUGGAAAUAAAAGAUAUCAGCAUACAGAGUCCAAGACAAGUGGUAAAAUGGCUGCAUGGCAAAUUCACAAAUAUGGAGGCAAUGAACAACUAUCCUUUUCUAACACAUGUAGAGUGCCACCUAUCUCGAAUCCAGAUGAUAUCCUGAUAAAGAUACAUGCAGCAAGUGUCAACCCAAUCGAUGUAGGCAUGAGAGGUGGAUAUGGGUCAAAUGUGAUAAAUACUCUCCGUGGGAUAUUCAGUCAGUUACAAGUUGCAUCUGAAUUUCCUUUGAUUCUUGGACGGGAUUUCUCUGGAGUUGUCAUACAGUCAGGCAGGGGAGUUCACAGGUUUAAACCAGGGGAUCAGGUUUGGGGAGCCUUAGGAGUUGAGAAACCAGGUUCACAUUCACAAUAUACCAUUGCAUCACAGCGUGAGAUAUCCAAAAAGCCCAGCAAUAUAAGCCACCAGCAAGCUGCCAGUUUACCCUAUGUUGCUGCAACCACAUGGUCAGCAAUCUGUACUUUUGGAAAUUUCACUCAACAAAAAGCCAGUCAAUCAAGGGUACUUGUGAAUGGAGGCUCAGGUGGCAUUGGGACAUUUGCAAUACAAUUAUUAAAAGCUUGGGGUGCUGAAGUGGUUACAACAUGUGCUACUGAUGCAGUUGCUAUGGUUACUGACCUUGGUGCAGAUGAGGUCAUUGACUACAAAACUGUUGGAGUUGAAUCAUCAUUAAAAGAAACUGGAAGGUUUGACUUCAUACUUGACACUGUUGGUAACAUGGAAUCAUACCAGAGCUCAUUGCUCACUAGAGGGGGCAUGUUUGUUACCUUGGUUACCCCAGUGCUGACCAAUAUAGACAAAGACGGGCUGCUGGGAGGCCUUGCUAAAACUGCUUUUUCUAUACUUCCAAAACUUACUUCGAGUCUCCCUAAGCAGACCAAUUAUCGCUGGGCUUUCUUUAUACCAGAUGGCAAAGCCUUGGGAACAGUGAAAGACCUUGUGGAGGCUGAAAUGAUCAUACCACAGAUAGAAUGUGUAUACCAAUUCCGUGACCUACCAUUAGCAUAUGAAAAGGUUGGUGAGAAACAUGGCAGAGGAAAGACUGUGUUGGAUAUUAUAAGCUACAACAGAUAAUAAACAACACUAAAUGAAUCUAUCUUAGCCCUUUUAGUUCCAGUGAAAUUGAGACCUAUUUAGAUCAUUUUGAAUCAACAAUAAGAUGGAGUCAGGGAAACACACUUCUUAAGGUGGGAUUAUACAUUUUCAUGGAGGCCAGUAAUAAUGGUAUGAUAUCUCAGUCAUACAUGUAUGAUAUCCUAUGAACAUUAGUCUUAUAUUUGCCCGUAGGGACACUGUCAUUUUGAUUUUGAUAUCAUUAAAUUAGAUACAUUUUCUUGAAAAUUACUUGUUUGUUUACAUUAAUGGAGUAUAAAGUAUAAUACAAUAUAAUAAUAUUUGUGAUAACUUGACGAGUGUUAAAUUAAACAGACCUCAGUCUCCAGGAAAAUGCUAUUGAUUGUGUUGGUGCUUAUAAGUUGCCUUUGAUACCAUAAAUGGAUUCAUUUCAAGGUAUGCAAAUUCAAUAUGUUCAAGUCAAGUAUAUGAAAAAAUCUCACAGGAACUGUAUGGCAAAGCAUCAUCAGCAUGAUAAAAUCUCACUACCUCAUUGCACACAUUACAAGUUAACAUAUUGUCUUUCAGUCCAAUAGGCAACUUGUUUUUCCAAGUUUAUUGCGAAGAGUAAAAUAAUUGCCAUUGGCUGUCAAGUUUUGAACCCUGAUAUUGCCUCUGAAGCAAUCUUUACACAUCUCAUCUUGAAUUCCUCACUUUGUUUUAAAUUUCAAAUCAGUUUGACCUUUACUUUCUCAGUUAUAGCUUGCUACUGCUUGAAUUAAUGCCAUGUUACAAAAAAGAGUCCUUCAGUCCACUAACUUGAUGCCAUGGUAUAGAUGGCACAUUUUGUAUUUCUUAUUGUUGAGGGCAUGCAAUGGCAGAUCCCAAAACUGCAUAAUGUAACAUACUUAUAUUUAAUCACUCCAUCUGUGGGAAUAUACAAAUAUUUUUGUGUCACUUUAUUGUAUGUAUUUUGUGAAAUGAAUAAAUUGAAAUUGAAAAUUAUCAGAAAAACCUAACAUUAAAAAAUUACAAAUUAAUCUGGACAUAACUUCUCAUUAGUUCCCAUCUGCAAAUGGUAACAAGUUUAGCAGUUUGUUACAGAAUCCAAGACUUGUGACAAAAAUUGGUAACUUUAACAAUGUCACCCUUUCGUGGUGGUGACAUAAUUACAUGGACACUAAUCAUAGAGCAAAGAUGUGAUGUUGCAUAAUGAAAUUAAGUGUCAUACUGGGUGGUUGACCAACUUGUAGAAACAGCUGUGGUGUGUACUUGUAUGGUUGUAUUUCCUACAUCUUCAACUCAUGUUCAGCCUAAAGGGCGGGAAAUAUACCUGAGGGAAAGAUGAACAUGUAUU